AUGUCCGGCGACAACAAGGUUGAAGUCGGCGAGUUCCGCCACGACGACGUGGCCCUCCACGCCGCCCAGGAUGUCGAGGCCAUCGAGGCCCCCGUCACCUGGAAGGCGUAUCUCAUGUGCGCUUUCGCCUCGUUUGGCGGCAUCUUCUUCGGGUACGACUCGGGAUACAUCAACGGCGUCACGGCGUCGCCCAUCUUCUACAAGGCCGUCGAGGGCGCCACCGCCACCAAGCUGUCCGACCCCAACACCUCGCUCAUCGUCUCCAUCCUGUCUUGCGGUACCUUUUUCGGCGCCCUCAUCGCCGGCGACAUGGCCGACUGGAUCGGCCGCAAGUGGACCGUCAUCAUGGGCUGCGUCAUCUAUGCCAUUGGUGUGGCCAUUCAGAUGAUCACCAGUCCGUCGCACGCGCUCGGCCCCAUUGUCGCUGGUCGUCUCAUCGCUGGUCUCGGUGUUGGUUUCGAGUCGGCCAUUGUCAUUCUCUACAUGUCUGAAAUUUGCCCUCGAAAGGUCCGCGGUGCUCUAGUUUCCGGCUACCAGUUCUGCAUCACCAUCGGUCUCAUGCUGGCCUCCAUCGUCGUCAACUACACCUCGCACCUCGACAACACCAGCUCCUACCGCAUCCCCAUCGGCAUCCAGUUCCCUUGGGCCGUCAUCCUGGGCGGUGGUCUCCUGUUCCUGCCCGAGUCGCCCAGAUACUACAUCAAGAAGGGCAAGGUCCAAAAGGCCGUCUCCUCCAUUGCCAGGCUCCGUGGCCAGCCCGAAAACUCCGAGUUUGUCCAGAGCGAGGUCGCCGAGAUUGUCGCCAACGAAGAGUACGAGCGCGCGCUGAUUCCCUCCACCACCUGGUACGGCAGCUGGGCCAACUGCUUCAAGGGCAGCCUGUGGGUGGCCAAGUCGAACCUGCGCCGCACCAUUCUCGGCACGUCGCUGCAGAUGAUGCAGCAGUGGACCGGUGUCAACUUCAUCUUUUACUUUUCCGCUACCUUCCUCAAGUCUACCGGCGCUGUCAAGAACGUAUUCCUGACGUCCAUGAUCUUCACCAUUAUCAACGUCCUGUCCACGCCUCUGUCCUUCUGGACCGUUGAGCGCUUUGGUCGUCGCUCCAUCUUGCUUGUUGGCGCCCUCGGUAUGCUCAUCUGUCAAUUCCUCGUCGCCAUCAUUGGUGUCACGGCUGGUUUCGACAACGUCCACGCCACUCCUACUGCCGAAGACCCUACCGCCACCACCCCCAACAACCUGGGUGCCGUCAACGCUCAGAUUGCCUUCAUCUCCAUCUUCAUCUUCUUCUUCGCCUCGACCUGGGGUCCCGGUGCUUGGGUCGUCAUUGGUGAAAUCUUCCCUCUGCCCAUCCGCUCUCGUGGUGUCGGUCUUUCCACCGCCUCCAACUGGCUCUGGAACACCAUCAUCGCCGUCAUCACCCCCUACAUGGUUGGUUCUGACAAGGGCAACCUCAAGUCCAAGGUCUUCUUCAUCUGGGGCGGUCUCUGCACCUGCGCGCUGGUCUACACCUACUUCCUUGUCCCCGAAACCAAGGGUCUGUCUCUCGAGCAGGUUGAUAAGAUGAUGGAGGAGACCACCCCCCGCACUUCUGCCAAGUGGAAGCCUCACUCGACCUUUGCCGGUGGCCAAGCCAGCGGCGGCCACUUCGAGAAGGACGUCGAUGGCCACGGCUCGGCUGUUUAA